AUGAAAACUCGCCUCUCCCUCACCCGAUGGAAUCUUACCUCUCACGCGAGAGAAUUUUGGGGCUCUCCGACGAAGCCGUUGGGCGACAAUCGACCGCCUAACGCAGGACACAGCACGGUCACUCCAGUCGGACUCACCGGUGAUAUAUGGCCUCCGGUCAACCACGUCCGCGACAACGGCGUGGACCCUGCAACACCGGCAGGCGGGUGUUGGGUGACGGUGGUGACAUCGAUGUCCGGGAAGGAGUACGCAAGAGUCUCCACCGGCAGACGGCUUGAGGCGGAAGGGAUACUUGGUCAGUGGCGGGAAGUGGCAGGCUCCGGUGGAUGCCGGAGCGAUCGAUUGAAGGAUGACGAAGGUCUGGUAGUGGGAGAAAAGCGCGACGACGGCGUGGGUCUGGAAGUCCGGUUGCCACCCCUUCCACCACCGCCGGUGGGGUCUCGAGCCGCUGGUUCUCACAGCUCCAUUUUUUUCCCGUCGAUUUCACGGUCGGAGGCGGAGCUUCGCCGUGCAUAUGGUGCAGUUGAGGGCCUCGUCGAGAACGUAAGUGGUGGUGAGUAUGGCGCCGCCGCCGCCGCCUGGACAAUGGAGAAGAUGACGUCGAGCUGUUCGGGGAGGAUGGCGGCGGACGCUCGCCGGCGGUGGGGACUGAACGGUGGUUGUGGUAGCUCUUCGUCGGCCGUCGGCGGGAACGGGAUGGUCGCUCUUCGUCGGCCGCGGUGA